UUCCGAGUUGUUCACGUUUCGCAUUGCGGAUUCACAAAUCUGCUGAUAGAUGGACUCAUGGUGUCGCCCAGGCCGUUUCCUUUCCCUCUGAAUAUCGGCACCGAUAUAUGCCAAAUCUCACGGAUAUAUCGACUUUUGGCCAGUGACCGAGGGACCAGAUUUCUUGAGCGUGUCUUGACCAAGGAUGAGCGCGCCUCAGUACCUGUUGACCCUCCGUCGACGCGUGAGCCGAUGGCGAAGCCCGAGACCAGCCAAGAGAGAGGAUUUCCAGCAUUGAAGAAACAGAAUCCACUGUUGUGGAAGAGGGCAUCUUUCGUAGCCGGGAGGUUCGCCGCGAAAGAAGCCGCGUUCAAGGCGCACCCCUUUAGGAAGCUCUCGUUCCACGACAUCACCAUCGUCAGGCGGGCCCUGGAGGCGGGCAGGGAGAAGAACGCCAACGGCAGCGGGCCGCCCGUGGCCGUCAUCCGGGGUGAGAGGGAAGGCGAUCCCGAGCAGACCGCCGCGGUCUCGAUCAGCCACGACGGGGACUAUGCCACGGCCGUGUGUCUCGGGUUUGAGCCGGAGGCGACGGACAGGGUGGACUAGAAGGCUUCUGUCUGGACCGUGGGUCGACGGUGGGCGCGAACUGCCGAGGUGAGAGCGUGGUCCAGGAGAGCAGGCGUGCUUCUGCGAGACUGCCGUGGUAGUUCUGGCUGUGGGCCCCGUGCGCCUCGCGGCGUGGAUGGAUUUCGAUGCACACAUGUACCAUAUAUGGUCUCUGGAUCCUGACCUGCAAGGUCUCUGGCAGUCACCCCAAAACAAUCGUUGCUCCCAUCUGUUUAAAUGUAUAACUGGCAGUGGUC